CCGUGCUUAUUAUACUUAUUAUAAAUCUCCAUCUACUUUGUGGCUAUUUCUAUAUUUCUAGUAGAUUUCCAACAGGGUUGAGGUGUGAAAUAUUUUCUGUCUUCCUUGAAUAGAAAUGAGAACUCUACACAUUCCCGGAUAAGCGGUAGAAAAUGGAUGGAUGGAUAUUUCUUUUUUCCGAGCUUUGAUGCAUUACACUCUUUCAGCAGAGGGGAACUAUGCGCAUUGCGCGCUUCCUGUUUUUAAUAUGCGUCAUUUCCGGGAGUUCCUACAGGACACGGAGCCGGCUCCGUGAAUGUUUUGAGCUCUGGUUAAUAACGUGUUUAACAGAUUUUAUGGCUCAUUCGUAUUUUAAAAUGUUAUCGUGUAAAUUGUGUGUAAAUGAGCCGAUAAUGAAGUUAUCAACCCGGGAUUAGGUCGAAAUCCGCGUCUGUGGAAAACGUCUUGUUUCCCGUCAUGCACUUUUUCCUCAUCCAUUAACAUGGCAACGUCUCAACGGAUUACACUGUAAAUCAUCAUUAACCCACUGCAAAGGCAAUGGGCGCAGACAACGAUGCAGGUGUUACUCCAGCUGUGCCAUGGCGUAAAGUGCUGUACGAGCGACAGUCGUUCCCUGACAACUACGUGGACAGUCGUUUCCUUGAGGAACUUCGACGCAACAUCAGAGUGCACCAGUACAGCUACUGGGCAGUGGUUCGAGAAGCCGGGCUUGUCUCUCAACAGCUCUCGUGUGUGGCGUUGUUCCUCACACUUUGGUCCUAUAUGGAGCAGGGAAAUGUGGGUCCUUCGGCACUGCUCUGUACUGGGCUGGGAUGCUCUGUGCUGGGCUACACUCUGUACGAGGUUCUUGGUGGUGGAAUCGGGCGAGAGCGGACGCGCUGCGCUGACCUGCAGAGCGCUGCCGUGUUCAUGGCCUUUACCUUUGGUUUCUCGCCAGUGCUCAAGACAUUGACCGAGUCUGUGAGCACAGACACGGUGUACGCCAUGUCCGCUGGCAUGCUCAUGGCGCACCUGGUGUCUUUUCCGUACACACAGCCGAGCCUGCCAGGCAGCCUGUCUCUCAACGCUGCGCUCUUUGCCUCGGUUUGUUUGGCAUCGCGUCUGCCUGGAACCCUGCACACCUUCGCCAUGCUGAGCUGCGCCCUGCUCAUCUUUGCACUCUGGCCGUAUCUGCUGCAGCGACUGAGACACGCGGCAGAGUGGACGUUCCCCUGGGCAGCCGGGAUGGUGUGUGUAUGUGGAGUUGUAGGUGUUGGUACUCUGUGGCCUGCUGGAGCUCUUCUCCUGUUUCUAGCUACUGUAGUACUAACUUUUUUGUGUCCACUGCUGCUGGUGCGUCUACAGAGACACAAAGACAACAUUCACGGGCCAUGGGACGAGGCUGAGAUCAGAGAGGACUUGUCCCGCUUUCUGAGUUAACGUGAAUGUGUGUGUUUCACAGGACGGGCCACAUUUAGCCUAAAUACGAAACAUCUGCUAUAAAUAUGUCUUUAAGAUUGUACACUGCCUGUUUUGGGUGGCAAUGCAAAAUAUAUAAAUAAAUAAGGCAGAUCGUGUUGUAUGUUUGGCCCUUUUACAUUUAAUCUCAGGGAGAGCACUGCUUUAGGAAUGGAAUAAACCAACGACUAAUUGUUUAGUCUCUAAAGUUUAAAAUAACACGAGGCACAGUUGGAAUCUGGACCAGUAUUUCUUAAGAUGCUUUUUUAAAAUACUUGGAAAUAUGAUUACUAACAUGCUAAUAAAUGUUGUAUUUACUGUACAUGUAAUAAAGAUGAUGUUUUCAA